CCAUUUCAAAGCAGUUGACUAUGGUGCAGGAGCUCGAGCGCCUCGACGAAAAUUCGCCUGGCGCCAAGAUGGUCCGUGGCGACACCAAGGACGGCCUCCUCAUCCGGUUGCUACACGCAACGACGGUGCCGACGAGCCGCUUCCCCAAGCAAUCGACGCGCUCCGAGGGGCGGUUCCACGCGCUCAUGCAUGCCGGUGCAAAGUCGCACGGCUCGAGCGCGCGCAACAGCUCAAUGAACCACGAUGAGAAAGCUCACGUCAUCCUCGGUGAUCUCGAUGCGAUAGCCGCGCUGCAGUUUACGACCCUCGCCAAGAAGCUUCGCUCCAACGUCCUCGAUGCCAACGGUACGUUCAAGGCCCGCUGGAACGUCCUCAUCUUCCUCGCGCUGCUCGUCUUGCUCGUAUUGCUGCCGCUUGACGCAAGCUUCAGCCUUGUGACGACCCAUGGCGCGUGCCUCGCACUGCAAUUUACGAUCGAUAUGCUCUUGUUGCUGGACGUCGUCGUGACGUUUCGCACGGCUCGCAUUGAACCGACCUCGAACGCGUGGCUCGUCGAUCCGACUGAUAUUGCUCGGGGGUAUGCACUGAGCUUCGAAUUCGUUGUCGAUGCGCUCUCGUUCAUACCGACCUCGUUGGCGCCGGAGCACGGAUCGAUGCAUCUUUUGCGCCUCGUGUUUCUACUGCGCCUCUAUUGGCUCUCGCAAACCGACGUGAUUGGUCGCAUCGAAGUGCGUCUCUCGCUCCUUGUUCACCCUGCGGCCGUGCGAUUGGUGAAACUCGCACUCUUUUACAUCACGCUUCACCACUACAUUGCGGCCGCCUUCUAUCUCGUCGUCGCGUACGAAUACCACGUGCAGCCCCCCGUCCAAACUUGGCCACUCCCGUUCACGCUCAAGGACCCGAUCUGGGACCGGUACGUAGCGUCGUACCACAAAGCUCUCUUAGUCACGGGUCUGGAACCCAUGCUCGCCACAACCAACGUCGAGUGGGUCUUUACUUUUGGCGGCUACGCGAUCGGUACGAUUGUCAACGCUUGUGUCUUUGGCAUCGUCGCGGGAUUACUUCAGCAGUUGAACCGGGUAUCCGACACGCGCCAGCAUCACGCCGACUGCGUUGCCUCCAUCUUGCGCGAAAAGGACGUCGACGACGACCUCCAAAAAGCCAUUCAGGACUACUACGAGUCGUCGUCCCACAAUGACCGGCUGUCACAUUUGGAUGCAGCGGCAUUGAUGAAGCCGGCGCUGCCAAGUAAAGUUGAGCUACAGCUUCGCCACCAUUUACACCGUGACGCGGUGUCUAAAGUGGCGUUCUUGAAGAUACUGACGGCGGAGGAAGUACUUGCUUUGCUCUUGACGAUGACUGAGGCCGUCGUCCUCCCCGACGAGCUCAUUGUACAAGCCGGCGAAAAGGCCCACGCACUGUACAUAAUUGAAACCGGCCUCGUGCGCGUCUGCGAUCCCCGUGGACGCUUGCUUACGACGAUGGGGCCUGGCGCGUACUUUGGCGAAGUGAGCUUGAUGACGAACGAGCCAACAACCGCCAGCGUCGUUGCCCAGACGUAUUGCAAGCUUAAUGUACUUCUCAAGGUCCAUUUUGACGCCUUUACGCAAGUCAACGAAAAGUUGCGGGAUUAUUUGCAAGAGGUCCGGGUCAACCGGCUCGCAGCCUCCGCGACCGAAGUCCUCAAGACGUGGUCGUGUCGCCGGGGUCCGCCGUCGGUGCUCGCGCAACGUGUGGCCAAGAAGUUGGUUCAGCGCCACCGCAUGAUGCCGCGUCUCCCAGUACACCGCAGGUCGUUCAAGAAGAACUCGCUCCAGCUCAGCCAUCGCCUGCUCUCGAAAAAGGGUGAGCGGCGUCUCGCUACCGCACCACGGUCAUCCCACAAGCUCCAUGUGCACGUCAAGACGUUCUCGUACUUUCAAGCCCGCCGACUCGCGAGGCUCCAGCGCAUCAGCUCGAGCGUCCUCGGCGACGAAGACGACCACCUCUACUCGUAACCUGUCUCCCUUCUAACCACCGUACUUUUUUGUUCACAACAGUGCGGACACGCAGGCGAUAUGAAGCCGACUACAGUACAACCCAUCGUUCGUCUCGUGGCCACAUUGUACGGAAUGAUGAGUUUGUCGAAGUGGUGCGAGGUCUAGUUCAGCAUCGAUGCCAAAGGACAGUACCU